GAAUUUAAUCAUCGUCUUCUCCCACCCGAUCUAACCUCCUGGCCCGAAAAUAAACAUAAUCGAUUAGUGGCGCCCCAGGCGCGCGCACGCACGCACAGGCCUGGGCUAGGAGUACUGGAGCAGUAUACAUACGCGAGAGAGGCAGAGCGGUCAAGGCUGGGAGAGAGGGAGAGAUAUAGAGAGAGAGAGAGCUCGUCGUCGUCAUCAUCAUCAUCGUUCGUUCACAGAGGAGGAGUAGUAGUAUCAGUGAGAGAGUCAGAGGAGGAAGGAAGGUUCAGAGGGGGUGGGGAGCGAAACGAAAUCCGUUUAUUCCUCCUGUAUCGGAGGCAAGUCCGCGGCCUCCUUUCCCGAGCCGGCUGGAUGGAGAGGGACUUCCUGGGCGCCAUAGGCCACGAGCAGCAGCAGCAGCAGCGCCAGCGCGCCGCCGCCGAGGACGACGCCGCCAGAAAGGAGUCAGCUUACUUUGGGGGAGGAGGAGUGCCGCCCAUGGACUGGUCCUUCGCUGGCAGGGCCGGGGCCGCGCCGGCGGUCAUGUCUUUCAGGUCGGCGGCGAGGGAAGAGCAGCAGCAGCAGCAGGGCGAGCUCGCCUUCUCCAAGCAGCAGGCCUCGCGUGUCCUCACUCCACAGAGAUCGUUUGGCGCUGAGAACCAUGGCAGCGUGCAGUACGCCGCCGCCGCGCGUGCGGCUUACGGUGGGCAGCCUCCACAGCAGCAGCAUGCUCCUAAUGGUGCUAGGGUGAUCCCAAUGUCCUCGCCGUUCAACCCCAACAAUCCCAUGUUCAGGGUUCAGAGUUCGCCUAACCUCCCCAAUGGCGUUGCUGCUGGGAGCCCGUUCAAACAGCCGCCUUUCGCGAUGAACAAUGCGGUCGCUGCUUCCACCGUUGGUGUGUACAAAUCAAGGGACAUGCCGAAGCCAAAGACAGCGCAAUUAACCAUCUUCUACGCUGGUUCUGUCAAUGUAUUCAACAACGUCUCAGCAGAAAAGGCUCAGGAACUCAUGUUCUUAGCUAGCAGAGGAUCUCUUCCAGCUGCACCCAGUACUGUUACUCGCAGCCCAGAUGCAACCUUUUUCACUCCGGCAAAACUCGCAGCACCUGAGCUUUCACCUGCAAAGCAGAUGCUACCUCAGAUGCCACAACGUGUUUCGCCUCCUUUGUCAGGCAUUUCCAAACCGAUCUCCAUGGUGUCCCAAGCUGCAUGCGUCCCCAAGAGCGCCUCUAGCUCCAACAUUGACUCGACAGCGCCAAAAUCUUCAGGCCAGUUGGUUGUGCCUCCCACGAGUCAGCCUUCGUCGUCCACUCAUCCUGUGACACUAGCCUCCACCACUGCUGCAAGUAUUAUGCCAAGAGCUGUUCCUCAAGCCCGGAAGGCGUCCCUUGCCCGAUUCUUGGAGAAAAGGAAAGAAAGAGUGACAACUACGGCGCCGUAUCCAUCAGCCAAGAGCCCGAUGGAGAGCAGCGACACGGUCGGAAGCGCCAACGACAACAACAGCAAGUCCUCAUCAUGCACAGAGAUCGCCUUCUCAAGCAACCAUGAGGAGUCGCUGCGUCUAGGCGGCCGGCCCAGGAACAUCAGCUUUAGCGGGGAGUCCCCGAGUACAAAACUACACAUCUGAUCCGAUAUAAUAAUCUUCCGGUGUCCAUAGGUUCAAAUUCAACCAUGAUGGCUGAUGCAAAACCGUAAUAAGAUUUUGCAUCCAGGCAGGAGGAGGGAGAAGGGAUAUUGGGAAAAGUCAGGCAGCAUGAUAUAUGUUACUCCUAUUGAUGAUGCUCUUAUUCUUGUUUAUGAUGUGUUUUGUUUUGGUUAAUUAGUCCGCGACCUGUAAUGCUGGUCUAGCUGGUGCAACACCCCACCUAACUAACAAGAGAGCUGUCGCUUGCAGACUCUUGAUUGUUAUUUUUUGUUUUGCCCCUGCGCCCAUUGUAUUGCAGAAAGAAACAUGUUAAUUUAGCAGUAUGAAAUUAUAGGCUUACAAAUUUCCACCA